CCCCCCCUCCCGUCUUGCUGCUACUGCUGCCACUCUCCUAGACGCGCGUCUGUGUGUGUGUGUGUACGCAUCUGCGACUUGAGGCCCUCCUUGUCUGGCCUCCCUUCCCCUGAGACCCACCAUGUCUCCCUCUGCCGCCGAUGCCCCGCUCGAGGAGGGCCAGUCCCGCGGGCUGAUGCUUUUCUCAGGCAAGAUCAGCGACUUCGGUGAGUACCCGGCCGAGGCGGUGAUCAGCCUGCGAGACCAGGUCUGCCAGGAAUUCGCCGAAAACACCUUCGCCCUGAAGACGGCCGAGCUCUUUGAGGGCGGGUGCGCGGCGGCCGACAACUGCCUCUUCGCCACAUACUGCCCGUCCACCUUCUUCGUGACGCACCAAGUCCAUACGCCAGAGGGCGGCCGGUUUUUGAUCCACGCAUCGGCGCGCGGCUUUCUUGUGCACUCCUUCCCCGGGACCGAGUCGCCGGUCAGCUGUGAAUGCUUCCCGGCGGCGGUUUUGGCCGCCACCUCCGAGGAGCUGGACUUCCACGAGACCCUGGUGGCCGCGCUCGGGGCGGCGAGCCCCGGCUUUUCGGAUCGGUGGAUGGACCAGCUGAAUCGGCUCCUGGCCGCCGAAGACGCGGCCUUCGCCGAGAGGUAUCCCGAUCUGUCGUGAGGCCGCUUGGUGGCUCCCACGAAAGUGGCCAAUACAAAGAGGAAAAUGCAAGACACCCGGCCGGCGCUGCCUCGAGAUCCCA